AUGCGCGCAGCUUCUCGACCUGCCGCUGGUUGGAUGAAAUUUGAGCCUCAGUACGGGAACACUGGGGAGGAGCAACGUCACGCCGCCGCCCCGGCGUUGCAGCAGCAGCAGCAGCAGUGUGGCACCAACGGGUCGCAUUGGAAAGCGGAUGAUGCUCACCAGCAGCCGGCUGAGACAGUGACUCAGAACAGCCUUCCCAUUUGCUGGAUGCAGCAGCAGCAGCAGCAGCAGCAGCAGCAGCAGCAGCAGCAGCAGCAGCAGCAGCAGCAGCCGCAGCAGCAGCAGCAGCCAUCUGAGCUGCGUAGGCAUCAAUACCAUGAAGCCGAUGAAUUCAAAUGGAAGAAGACGUCUCACAAGCGGAUAGCGGGCUCUACUUCGUUUGCUCGUCAAAGGAUGUCACGGGCUGUCCGGCAAAAAAAGUUGAGGAUCGAGUGGCCGGUGAGGCUCGUCACCCGCGCCGAUCCAGGCUGA